AUGUCCGCAGGUGCCGAUUUCUCAAUAUAUACGGACCCCUCGGCGCUUCCUACACCAGAUUCUACUUUGGGACGCUCUUUCGAUGAAGCAUCUCUGGCGGCUGUGGAAUCAAAAUAUGAACAAGCAGGCUCAGUCAAAAACCUCAUGGACAGCAUUGAACAUGAAGACAUGUCCCUUCCUCGCUCACCCACAAUGACGCAUCAAUCCGAAGAUGUCAUAUCCGAAAUGCCGGAGGAUUCGGUGAUCCAGACGAUAUCUUUGGAUGAGCGGAGCGGACAGUAUGCUCCCUACAAACAGCGUUCUCCAUUCCGCAGCCCGUCUUCCGUGCGCGCUCUGCAGAUGGAGACUCCGCCGCCUUUCAAUGACUUUUCUUCGCCAAAGUCCUACCGACACAGACUCAGCACAACUUCGCGCCACAGCACGCCUCGCUCGAUCCGAUCCGAGGGAAUGACGGUCAGGUCAAAAAAGACGUCUUCGAAUAACAAUAAUAAAAAGGAGUUUCCGCUCGUCCUCUUACAUGUUACCAUCAUGCCGAUUCAUUUUCCAUACUCGCAAGCCACAAUGGACGCGGUGCUUCCACCGGCCAUUAUCGACAAUUACAAAGUUCUACGAGACAAGGUCUCGGACACGGUUCUUGAGCGAGGAAUUUUGCUUCCCCAUCCAAGAGACGAGUACGAGUUGCUCGAAGAACGUCUGCUCGAGUCACUUGAGCUAAAGGCCCCUCGGAUUUCGAAAUGCGGACAUUUUCACUACCACAAUGAAGGCGACUCGAGCGACGAAUGCAAUGAAGAGGACGAGGAUGAGGGAUUUGACAGCGAAGGAAGUAACAAGACUGAAAAAUGCGGAGAUUGCGGCCAGAGGGUCAAAGAUGAUCGCCACGGAAGCGGAAGUCAUGGCCGAAGAUGGAAUAUCAAAAUCUACGCUGCUAAUGGGCUUAUGCGGGCUGGGGCAUGGACCGCGGCAUGGCGCGAGAUGGAGCGUAUAGAUGUUGAAAUCUCGCCAUGGGUGCCGGAAGCACUACGCCGAAAGCUGGACUGGAGGCAGGAAAGGGAGGACGCAGGUGUAUCGCGCGAUGCUGGAAGUCUAGCCAACGGCGAGGACAAAUUCCUUGAGAAAGAUGGUGAACAAUCUGAAUACGUCUUCCAUGACCAAUCAUUUCUGGAUGACGACGGAGAGCAACGGGACACCUCAUUUCCAUCAAUGCAGCCGGUGGGGAUGAGUAAUGAUGACGAGUUGGACAUGACAUAUCAAAAUGGUGACCAUCGUCGACCACCAAGCAUGACCCCACACGCAAUGUCCGAAUUUGAUGCUGCAGAAGGUUCCUUUAGAGCAGCGUCGUCCAGUGGUAUCGACAUGGGUGCGAAUAUUUCUGUCCGAGGAACACCUACGCCCACACCUGGCCCCUUUGCGAUCUCUCCAGAGGGACUUGCCACGCAAAGAAGCAAAAGCGCCGGUCAUAUUCCGCUCGAUCAAUUGACUGAACAAAUUCCGUCCUCUCCUCGGCCGCGAUCCCGUCGAAGUCCUCACCAUGACGAAAUCCCCUUGGCAACGUUGUUGCGAAAUUAUAUUUACGUUCUCGCUCGCGAUCGGCGGAAUGUUGCGAUUGCAAUCCUCACCCUGCUCGUGUUGAUUCUGGCCCUGCGUUCAGCUCCUGGGGUAACAGUGAUGCCUGCGACGUCUAUACCUGCGAUGCCGUCCAUGCCAUCAGUGCCUUUGGAGGUGCACAAUGAGCAAGCCAGGCAGGGACAAGGCUACCCUGGUGAAUCAAGAUUUCCAGGGACAGUUCCUUCGCCAAAACCAGCUGUAUCACAUGACAACACCAAUGACUACGAGGAGCCCUUUUCUUCCUCUACUGGUGAACAUGUCACUCGUCCACGUUCGUCUCACGAACCUGCCAAACUAUCUCGUCAGGGUCAUGAUGACCCGUACGUGGCUGUCCACGAGGCCGAACCACAAUCGGAAUCAUUGCGACCGAAGAAGGGUCAGCUCAAGCCGGUCAAACGUACAAAGAAUACGCCAGCGCAUGGAGAAGCUGUCACCCAGGAUCUAUCUCCAGGUGCACCACAGACAGAUGAUUCCGCAGCACAUGCCAAAUUACCUAUUGCUCCUGCUCCUGCUGCUGCUGCUGCUGCUGCUGCUGCUUCUAUCCCCAGUGAACCUCCCGCUGCAGCAUUUCCCGCUCCCGUCGCUGCCGGAGUUGGUGCUGCUCCUGCCGACGUAUCUUACCCUCUUGAUGCUGAAGAAGACGAUGACGAACACGGCAACGACAACGACACUGAUACUGAGAGGGAUAGUUAUACUGCUCAUCCUGAUCCGUUACCCUAG